GAAAACGCAUUCCGAUUCGCAUUUAGAUUUUUUCAAAGGUUUAAUCUUUUACAAUAAAAUGACGGAUACGUUGCGAGUAUCCGAGCAUGUCCUGAAGCGGAUUGUUUCGAUUAAAGAACCGUGCACCGGGCAGCUGUUUGGGUCGCAGGACGGCAGUUUAAUGCCAACGAUUUUAGGGUUCUGCAAGAUGCCCGAAAACGACACACCACCGGAUGACGAUGGCAUGAGGACUGGCGCCCGGCGGAACCUUCCGUGCGAGAUGGAUCUGUAUGGUUGGGUGAAGGUCGGACCGCUGGAAGACGUGGAAGAGUUUAUCUUAGCCCAAAUGCCGCAAGAGGCAGAUAUUACGGAUUUUCCCGUGUUUCUGCAUCUUUUAACCCCGUGUGAUCGCACGUCGCUACGAACAUACAUCUACCUGCAGGGCAAACUGACCAAGAUAGAGUGUCAAUCGGUCCCUCAAACGAUUCUCUUCGACGAGUUCUACCUCCUGCGCAUCCAGUGUACGUUGGCCAUGUUUUGUGAGCAGUCACAAAAAUCUGUUAGUGAAAAUGCGGUGCGCUUGCGGCGGCGGGUGGCGAUGGGUGACGUGGCCUUCAGCGUGCGUACGCCGGCCGCAGACGUGAUGAUUAACCAACACCGUACGGCGGGCAUUAGCUGUGAGGAGAACGUCGAAUCGCUGCACCGUUUAACGACGGCCCCGGCCGCCGAGCGGGACGAUGGAUUCGGUGUACCCGGAGCACCAGUGAAGGUGGCGAAAAAAGCACAAAAACCCGCCGCCCCGCUGACUGGGUACCGGGUGAUGGAUGUGGAAGUUUUGCUGAAGAAAUCGAUCGACGAUUCGGACAAGCAGCUACGGCGGGAAGCCUGCAACGUCACGAUCGAUAACCGCAACGAGGGCCAGACGGUGAAGAUACCGAUUCAGGUUGACUGCCUCGCGAUGUUGCACCGGGACACAAAGGUUUCACGACUGUUUUUCGCCAUGGUGGAGACCGUGUUCCGUUCGCUGGGUCUUAUCGAGUUGGCACUGCUUGAUCAGCUCCGAGAACUGAAGCGCUGCUUCGUCCCGAAGUGUUUCCACAUGUUGCCCCGCGAGCUGGGUCACUUUGUGACCUGCGUGUACCCGUACGGCGAUCAGCUACCGGAAACGGAUCCCUUCCUGCAGGCGCAACGGGCCGCGUUGCACAAACAGUUCGCGCUCCCCACCAACAGACCGUUCUUUCGGAAAGGCAACGCUUAUCAUUUCCAUGACAACAAGCAGCUGUUGUUAAAUCCUCACCAAACGCUGGCCGUGCCGUAUCCCGAUGGACAGACGGCGGUUGUCGAUGGGGUCUACACCUAUCACCACUACAUGCAGGACGAGUUCGACGACAAUGGCUGGGGCUGUGCGUACCGUUCGCUGCAGACGCUGAUCUCCUGGUUCAAUCGGCAGGGCUACAGCACUGACCACACGAUUCCUUCGCACGCCGACAUCCAGAAGUGUUUGGUGCGUGUUGGCGAUAAACAGCCGUCGUUUAUCGGUUCCCGCCAGUGGAUCGGCUCGACGGAGGUGUCCAUCUGUUUGAACGAGUUUGUUGGAGUCGAUUCCCGCAUCAUGCACGUCGCGUCCGGGGCUGAGCUGGCGAUGCGUGGCAGGGAGCUGGUGCACCACUUCCAGCUGCAGGGCACACCGAUCAUGAUUGGCGGAGGAGUGCUGGCGCACACCAUCCUUGGCGUGUCACUCGAUGCCGACGAGGGACAGACCAAGUUCCUCAUUCUGGACCCACACUACACCGGUGUGGACGAACUGGGGCCGGUGUUGUCGAAGGGUUGGUGCGGCUGGAAGGGCGGAGACUUUUGGAACAAAAGCUCGUACUACAACCUCUGCAUGCCGCAGCGGCCAGCAAUGAUAUGAAAGCCAAGUGGUGAGCCCUAUUGUUUUGU